AUGAGUCACGGCUGCUAUGUAUACGUGACUCACAGGACAGGUUGGUGUGUCUCUGGUCCCUGUGUGUGUCUGUGUGUGUGUGUGUGUGUGUGAGAGUGUGAAUGACUCACAGGGGUUGGCUCCAUCAGCUACUAUGAGCAUGCGUAUGGAGGACAGGUUGGUGUCUCUCUGGUCUCUGUGAGCCAUCAUAGCCCAGUGGAGGUCACGACACUUCACCACGGCGACACGUGCUGCAGGGGAGAAACAAGAGGGACAGCUCACAUCUCAUCGCCUCAACACAUAGUAGUGUUAAUGCUAAUCCCUAAUCAUCUGAGUCAUGUUCAUUAGGCACGAAACAAGAGGGACAGCUCACAUCUCAUCGCCUCAACACAUAGUAGUGUUAAUGCUAAUCCCUAAUCAUCUGAGUCAUGUUCAUUAGGCACGAAACUGAGAAGAAAAACAGUCUGAAACAAGGGAGCUAAUAUCAUGUUCCGUCGGACAACGCCUUCUUUCCUAAUGAACCCGACCCUGACUACCUUAAUCCAUAGUAUACAGUUUAGGAUGCUAAUGCGUGCUAGUCUCUAUGCAAUUUACAAUAAAAAAGCUAAGGCUAACGGUGGCCUUACCUUUGUGUAUGUGGACCCUCUGCACCCAGGACAUGGGACAGGCCUUCAUGACAGCGUAGGGUACAGUGAUGGUGUGGAUCCUGUUCAUGACACUGGUUAGCACCCCGUGCCACAAGCCCAUGUCCUUCUUACAGUCCAGCACGUUGACCAACGUUUCUCCUGAGAGAGGACACACACAUUUUAAAUACUUUAUUUCAAUACACAAAUCACAUUACAGUCAGAAAGAAUUGGAACAUUUCAAAGGUUAAAGAUACAUACAGUGAGGGAAAAAAAGUAUUUGAUCCCCUGCUGAUUUUGUACGUUUGCCCACUGACAAAGAAAUGAUCAGUCUAUAAUUUUAAUGGUAGGUUUAUUUGAAUAGUGAGAGACAGAAUAACAACAAAAAAAUCCAGAAAAACGCAUGUCAAAAAUGUUAUAAAUCACAAAGCCCUGACCUCAAUCCUAUAGAAAAUGUGUAGGCAGAACUGAAAAAGUGUGUGCGAGCAAGGAGGCCUACAAACCUGACUCAGUUACACCAGCUCUGUCAGGAGGAAUGGGCCAAAAUUCACCCAACUUAUUGUGGGAAGCUUGUGGAAGGCUACCCGAAAUGUUUGACCCAAGUUAAACAAUUUAAAGGCAAUGCUACUAAAUACUAAUUGAGUGUAUGUAAACUUCAGACCCACUGGGAAUGUGAUGAAAUAAAUGAAAGCUGAAAUAAAACAUUAUCUUUACUAUUAUUCUAACAUUUCACAUUCUUAAAAUAAAGUAGUGAUCCUAACUGACCUAAGACAGGGAAUUUGUACUAGGAUUAAAUGUCAGGAAUUGUGAAAAACUUAGUUUAAAUGUAUUUGGCUAAGGUGUAUGUAAACUGUCGACUUCAACUGUGUUUGUGUAUAUUCAGAUCAGCUGUUAGACAAAGGACACUUUAGCCUCUGUGGAUUCCCCUCAAGGGAUCUAAUGUUCUCUGAGACAGAGAGAGGCUAAAGUGCCCUUUCUCUGUCUCAGAGAACAUUAGAUCCCUUGAGGGGAAUCCACAGAGGCUAAAGUGUCCUUUGUCUAACAGCUGAUCUGAAUAUACACAAACACAGUUGAAGUCGACAGUUUACAUACACCUUAGCCAAAUACAUUUAAACUAAGUUUUUCACAAUUCCUGACAUUUAAUCCUAGUACAAAUUCCCUGUCUUAGGUCAGUUAGGAUCACUACUUUAUUUUAAGAAUGUGAAAUGUUAGAAUAAUAGUAAAGAUAAUGUUUUAUUUCAGCUUUCAUUUAUUUCAUCACAUUCCCAGUGGGUCAGAAGUUUACAUACACUCAAUUAGUAUUUAGUAGCAUUGCCUUUAAAUUGUUUAACUUGGGUCAAACAUUUCGGGUAGCCUUCCACAAGCUUCCCACAAUAAGUUGGGUGAAUUUUGGCCCAUUCCUCCUGACAGAGCUGGUGUAACUGAGUCAGGUUUGUAGGCCUCCUUGCUCGCACACACUUUUUCAGUUCUGCCUAAACAUUUUCUAUAGGAUUGAGGUCAGGGCUUUGUGAUGGCCACUCCAAUACCUUGACUUUGUUGUACUUAAGCCAUUUUGCCACAACUUUGGAAGUAUGCUUCGGGUCAUUGUCCAUUUGGAAGACCCAUUUGCGACCAAGCUUCCUGACUGAUGUCUUGAGAUGUUGCUUCAAUACAUCCACAUAAUUUUCCUUCCUGAUGAUGCCAUCUAUUUUGUGAAGUGGACCAGUCCCUCCUGCAGCAAAGCACCCCCACAGCAUGAUGCUGCCACCCCCGUGUUGCACGGUUGGGAUGGUGUUCUUCGGCUUGCAAGCAACCACCUUUUUCAGUUAUAUUUUUGUUUCAUCAGACCAGAGGACAUUUCUCCAAAAAGUACGAUUUUUGUCCCCAUGUGCAGUUGCAAACUGUAGUCUGGCUUUUUUAUGGCGGUUUUGGAGCAGUGGCUUCUUCCUUGCUGAGCGGCCUUUCAGGUUAUGUCGAUUUAGGACUCGUUUUAUACUGUGGAUAUAGAUACUUUUGUACCCGUUUCCUCCAGCAUUUUCACAAGGUCCUUUGCUGUUGUUCUGGGAUUGAUUUGCACUUUUUGCACCAAAGUACGUUCAUCUCUAGGAGACAGAGUGCGUCUCCUUCCUGAGCGGUAUGACGACUGCGUGGUCCCAUGGUGUUUAUACUUGCGUACUAUUAUUUGUACAGAUGAACGUGGUACCUUCAGGCAUUUGGAAAUCGCUCCUAAGGAUGAACCAGACUUGUGGAGGUCUACAAUUUGUUUUCUAAGGCUGAUUUCUUUAGAUUUUCCCAUGAUGUCAAGCAAAGAGGCACUGAGUUUGAAGGUAGGCCUUGAAAUAAAUUGACAGGUACACCUCCAAAUGACUCAAAUGAUGUCAAUUAGCCUAUCAGAAGCUUCUAAAGCAUGACAUCAUUUUCUGGAAUUUUCCAAGCUGUUUAAAGGCACAGUCAACUUAGUGUAUGUAAACUUCUGACCCACUGGAAUUGUGAUACAGUGAAUUAUAAGUGAAAUAAUCUGUCUGUAAACAAUUGUUGGAAAAAUUACUUGUGUCAUGCACAAAGUAGAUGUCCUAACCGACUUGCCAAAACUAUAGUUUGUUAACAAGACAUUUGUGGAGUGGUUGAAAAACAAGUUUUAAUGACUCCAACCUAAGUGUAUGUAAACAUCCAACUUCAACUGUAUAUAUAUGAGAGAGAGAGAGAGAUAGAGAGAGAAGAGGGAGAGAAGAGAGAGAGAUAGAGAGAGAGAUAGAGAGAUAUGAGGGAGAGAGGAGAGAGAGAGAUGGAGCGAGUGAGAGGAUAGACAGAGGAGAGCGAUAGGAGAUAAAGACGAGGAGGGAGUAGAUUGGAGACGAGGGAGACGAGGAUAGAUUGGAGAGAAGAGGGGUAUGAAUAAGACAGAGAUAUCGAGAGAGAGAGAGAUAGCAGAUAUUGAAUAUGAGAGAUAGAUAGAGAGAAUAUGAUAUCAGACAUCUAUCUUGAGCUAUAUAUAUAUCUACUAAGUGGGACUUUAUAUGAUAGAUAACCUUUUAGUAUAUCGUACUAGAUACUGAUACAUUUUAUAGAUAGAGAUCUAUAUAUAUAUAAUAGAAUUAUCCAUUCUAUGAUAUUUUAGAGAGAGAGAGAGAGACGGGCUCAUUGUAAAGACUGGAAUGGAAUAAAUAGAACGGUCCUAUAGCUCCUCCCACCAGCCUCCUGUGGUGUGUGUUAAUCAUGUACUGACCUUCACAGUAGUUGCAGGCCUGUGUCAGGGCCUGGCAGUGUGUCAGCAAGGCUAUCUUAGACACGGCUACUCCCAUCACUGUCCCCUCUUUACUGGCCUUGUACUGGGAGAGCACAACAACACACACAAUCAGAGUUGAAGAAAUAAACACAAUCACAAAAUAAUCAGCGACACUAGGGCUGUCCCCGACUAAAAACAAAUCUUGGUCGACCAAGAGUCGUCUGUUCUUUCGACCAAAAACAUAUUUUUCCAUAUAUAGACUAUGUGUUUUAAUCAAAUCAACUAUAUGCACUGUGCUUGUCUGAUGCUUUAAGCGAACCGCUUAAUGAAAUAAUUAAGACACACAAAUGACUAGAGGGAGUCCGACCGCAAUUGAUUUGAUUGUGCUGGUCCUGGCUCAGACUUUCUGCUCUGUGUUAAAACAAAAGACAGCGAGUGACUGUGUGACUAGCACCCGUUGUCUCACUCUCCUCCCUGCUGCAGUGACCACCACAGAACAUCAUCAGUGUGUAUCACGCUGUCCAUGUUGCUGAAGCUGCAACAUAAUUAUGGCCAUGUCUGACUGAAAAGUUGUUACCGAAAUCCCUAAUUUGUUUAGGAAAAACAUUCCCUAUUCCCUCAACCCUUGGUCUCUUUACGUGACACAUGUAUGCAUCCAAUAUGGCCUGACCUAUAGCAUAUCAUAAUCACAUCAAUAAAUUGGUUAUAAUAAUAAUAAUAAUAAUAAUAAUAAUAAUAUGCCAUUUAGCAGACGCUUUUAUCCAAAGCGACUUACAGUCAUGUGUGCAUACAUUUUUACGUAUGGGUAGUCCCGGGGAUCGAACCCAGUACCCUGGCGUUACAAGCGCCAUGCUCUACCAAUUGAGCUACAGAGGACCACACCGUAACAAAUGUGACAGCAAAAUGGAUGCAGAGGACGUGACAAAUAAACUCGAAACGGGAGAAUGUUUACUGGUUGCUCAGGAGGUAAAGGGGAAGUCAGAUGUGUGGAAUUACAUUUUAGUCAUUUAGCAGACGCUCUUAUCCAGAGCGACUUACAGUUAAGUGAGUGCAUACAUUUUUCAUACUUUUUUGUUUUGACUAGUUGUGGAAAAUACUGGAGAUCAAGAAAAAUAAGGUAAGGAGCAAGCGCUGCGUGCAUAUUAUGUGUGCCAAACAGGUGCUGUUAGAUUACAAUAUAAUUUUUCUGACCGUUUGGAACAAUGUAAACAACACUAAAUAAAUUAUACCGUACCAGAGAGCCUGUUGUAAUGUUUUUUUUGUUUUUUUUGUAAAGCCUUUAUUACAGCAAAGACUAAAAACAGUCGCAUUCAUUCGUGAAUACAUUUGCCGAAAUGGAACAGUUCAGGCCUAUUUAUUGUUUACGCUAAUUAUCCAAUGGUCACUUUAUUUUAUUUAAAAACUAAAAUUCUUGAUUGCAUUUCAAAUCAUGAAUGACUCGUAUGCUGUGUGAUGACAUAAACAAUUAAAUAAUUGAUUGAUACAGUAGCCUAUAUAAGUAUUGAAAUAUAGGCCUAAGUAAGUUACGGUAUUAAAGACUAAACAGGAUGCGCUCUUAGGCCUACAGCUCGAUGGUGGCUAUACAAGGCUGCUAUACUAAGCCUACUAAUGAUAAUGACAUUACUUAUUAUUAUAAUGAUGAUCAUAAUAAUAGUAAUAAUAACAAUAGGAAGGAGAUCAAGGAAAAAGGAGGGUUAUUUGUAUUAUAAAUAUUAUUUUUCCUGACAAUUUGGAAGUGUAAACACUAAAUAAUGUAUACAUAACGGAAAAAAAUUGUAAGCAAAGAUUAAAAACAGCCGAAUUUGUGAAAUUGUUUAUCCGACAUGUGGGUUGCGUGAGCCUUGGUGCUCAAAAGACAAACUAGCAUAAAAAAACACACAUUUCCAUAAAAUACACACAUAAUGGUCUGGACACCUCGAUGUAAGCUGUGUCUGUGGCCAUGUCUCACCUCGAUGUAAGCUGUGUCUGUGGACAUGUCUCACCUCGAUGUAAGCUGUGUCUGUGGACAUGUCUCACCUCGAUGUAAGCUGUGUCUGUGGACAUGCCUCACCUCUAUGUAAGCUGUGUCUGUGGACAUGCCUCACCUCUAUGUAAGCUGUGUCUGUGGACAUGUCUCACCUCGAUGUAAGCUGUGUCUGUGGAUAUGCCUCACCUCUAUGUAAGCUGUGUCUGUGGACAUGUCUCACCUCGAUGUAAGCUGUGUCUGUGGACAUGCCUCACCUCUAUGUAAGCUGUGUCUGUGGACAUGUCUCACCUCGAUGUAAGCUGUGUCUGUGGAUAUGUCUCACCUCGAUGUAAGCUGUGUCUGUGGACAUGUCUCACCUCGAUGUAAGCUGUGUCUGUGUUGGCUGUGGGGAUGUGGGGCUGCCAGUCUUUCGAGGGCUUGGUCAGGUACUUGGUGUCUGUCACAACCCACUUCAUACGGGGCCAACCUGGGAGGCAGAACAACAACACCAUCAGCAUAAUGGAUACACAGGGCAUUACUAGAAGUCAGUUUGAUGACUGGACAAAGAUCCACCUUGGAUGGAAAUGUUGUAGCUAUUAAAAGGUGGCAUUAGGACCAUUAGUGCGCACACACCUAUAUGUAUGGGACAAUGGACAUCUACCUAUCCACAUAACUGCCAAUGGACAUCUACCUAUCCACAUAACUGACAAUGGAUAUACUAAUGGCCAUCUACCAGCAACGCCAGCAGUUUGUGCAUGUGUGCUGACCUUUGAACUGCAUGAUCUCUCCCUGGGGAGUCUUGGGCAGUCCUUUAAGACAGAUCUCACUGGUCAGGGCGAGGUCCACCCCACAGCUGCCCAAUAGGAAGCCAAUCUGAAGACUGCCUGCGUCCUGGGUUGUGAAACACAAAGAUAACAGUUAGAAAAUGACACAAAGAAAAUCUAGAUCAUUACCUUUUAAAUGCCACUGUAUUUUGCUGUGUUCUCCUGCUGAGGGGGUGAAUCUUGCCAGGUCUCCAUCGAUUAUUUGUAUUUAUUUUUAAUAUCAAGGGAUUUUAUUCUGGUUAGAUAAAUACAAUUUGAAGUGGGCAUUGCAGUCCUUACCUGUCGAGACAGUGGCACCUCUAUAGGUACAGGGAUGACCUCUGCUAGGAGACAGCCAUAGAAAGCCACCCAGAACAUCGCAGGGUCAGUGUUAGGGUACACCAGCGCCACCUAGGGGACAGACACACACAGUACAGUUUCAGACAGUACGUCACAAUGGAAGGUUGGCAUUUACUGGGAUGACUCAUGUACUGGAGGCAGCUCUGCAGAGUGGUCACUAACUGGCACAGCCACAAAGCCAGAAAAUCUGAUUUUAAACCUAACCACACUGCUAACCCUAAUGCCUAACCCUAAAUUAAGACCAAAAAGCGAAUAUUUCCUUUCAUGACAUUUUACGAUAUAGCCAAUUUUGACUUUGCAGCUGGCCCAUCUAGUGGAAAUCGCUCAGUUCUGCCUCCAGGGCAAGAUUCAUGACAAUAAACGUCAACCUGCGUCACAAUGGGGAAUAUCUUACAUAGCUUAUUGUGUUGUCUGUGCAAUGCAUCGAGAAGACACAGAUCAUGUUUUUAAAUAAAGAUCAAUCAAUGUGGUAAAGUGUGAAGGACAGAAUUGAUGAAGAGGUGAAGACAUCUGUCAUUUCGUCUGAAUAGCUGUGUGUUUUUGUCACUUACCGUAUCUCCAGGUCUCAGGACAGGUUCAUUCUUAGUGCCCAGUUUGUUUAACAGAGUGUAGGCCAGCUUCAGACUGCGGCUCCACAGUUUACCUGAGAGAGAGAGAGAAGGGGAGAUACACCACGGUCACAAGAGCAAUUUCUCAGAGGAGAUUAAAUGACCUCAGAUCUCCAUAGAUUGACUGAGAGGAGGGUGAUCUUUUGAGCAGAUGAACUACAUUACAUUAGUUAUAAAGUAAAGAAGUCUGAUCUGAGACUGUGGGUUAGCCUGAAAAGUCUCCUUAUUCCCUGCUAUAUAGGGCCAUUUCAGAUGGUGAGACCUACCGUAUGUCAGCGUGUAGAGGGGUUUCCCGGUAACGUCCAGGGCGGUGAGAGCGGGGCUCUUGGCCUGUGUAGCCCCCCAUCGUGCCAGGGCAGCCUGCAGAGCCGGGGGCCAGUUACUGACCACCCCCAGGGGCUCCCCCUUCACUGGGAUGAUCUGACGGCCCUCUGGCCUGGGGGUGUUGGGGUCCGGCUGGGGCACUACAGAGAGGAGAAAGGGACGGGAUGGAUAGGUGAGGAAAGAGGGAUGGAAGGAGGAAAUUAAGAAAAAUGUUUUAUUAAAGAGGAGUAAAGUUGAGUUCUCUACUGGUUUAAUAAAAGGCAAAUAAAAUAGUUAGAUAUCUGCUUUCCAUUUAUUACAUCAUUUUCAGGAAGCGGGGAGAAAUGUUGGAAUAUUAUUUAAAGUACUGGAGCAGGUCCUAUGCAUCUUACCCUCUACGAUCUCCUCUGAGUCGUCCAGGAAGAACUCACUGAGUGGAGGUCUCUUGGGCCGUUUCAGAGUGUUGAGCAGCUGCUGGAUCUUAGUGGACACACGGCUGUUUACUGGUACACCUGGACAUGGUGGUAGAGGCAGGACAGAGGUAGAGGCAGGACAGAGGUAGAGGCAGAGGCAGGACAGAGGUAGAGGCAGAGGCAGGACAGAGGUAGAGGCAGGACAGAGGUAGAGGCAGAGGCAGGACAGAGGUAGAGGCAGGACAGAGGUAGAGGUAGAGGCAGGACAGAGGUAGAGGCAGGACAGAGGUAGAGGCAGGACAGAGGUAGAGGCAGGACAGAGGUAGAGGCAGGACAGAGGUAGAGGUAGAGGCAGGACAGAGGUAGAGGCAGGACAGAGGUAGAGACAGGACAGAGGUAGAGGCAGGACAGAGGUAGAGACAGGACAGAGGUAGAGGCAGGACAGAGGUUAGAGGCAGGACAGAGGUAGAGGCAGGACAGAGGUAGGGAGUUACACACAUGAUCAUAGACACAAGCGAGCAUAGACACACACACAGUCACGAUUAUACAGAGACACAAACACAACACAAGCACGCGCACAACUGCACACACACAAACUGAGUUAAGGGUCAACAUGGCCUGCGCUUUGAAAGCAGCACACGUAGAUACAGUAGAACUAAAGUCAGGGUUAAAAACAGAACGGUAUUUCUCUCUGUGAAGAGUAGACCAACAGACAGGAUAGACAGACGACAGACGAGGUGGCAAAGCAAGCUGAUUGGAAUCCCUCCAUCGCCCCUCCCCAGACCCCUUCCCUUUGGAUUCAUAUUACCUUUUCUCUUUCCUUUUGUAAUGAAAGACAUGACACGUACGGCAGAAAAACAGAUCACCCCAAAAAAGAACAAAAUAUAGCAUGUUAGCAGCAUUCUCAACACAACUGGAAUGAGGAUGAGGGUGAGAUUCAUUUAAUGUUGUCUUGUCAAUGUACCAUUAUCUCUGAGUAAAAAUAGAUUAUUAAAAAAGAUAGGUUUUACCAGUCUACUGCCGUGUGUGCUCGUAACAUUCUGCAGUGUCACUGUUCUGCGGUGUGUUCUACAGUGUUUCUGCAGUGUGUUGCUGUUCUACAGUGUGUUGCUGUUCUACAGUGUGUUCUGCAGUGUGUUGCUGUUCUACAGUGUGUUCUGCAGUGUGUUGCUGUUCUACAGUGUGUUCUACAGUGUGUUGCUGUUCUACAGUGUGUUGCUGUUCUACAGUGUGUUCUGCAGUGUGUUGCUGUUCUACAGUGUGUUCUGCAGUGGUGUGCUGUUAUCUACAGUGUGUUUCUACAGUGUGUUGCGUUCUACAGUGUGUUGCUGUCUUACAGUGUGUUCUACAGUGUGUUGCUGUUCUGCAGUGUGUUGCUGUUCUACAGUGUGUUCUACAGUGUGUUGCUGUUCUGCAGUGUGUUGCUGUUCUACAGUGUGUUCUACAGUGUGUUGCUGUUCUACAGUGUGUUGCUGUUCUACAGUGUGUUGCUGUUCUACAGUGUGUUCUGCAGUGUGUUGCUGUUCUACAGUGUGUUCUACAGUGUGUUGCUGUUCUACAGUGUGUUGCUGUUCUACAGUGUGUUGCUGUUCUGCAGUGUGUUGCUGUUCUACAGUGUGUUCUACAGUGUGUUGCUGUUCUGCAGUGUGUUGCUGUUCUACAGUGUGUUCUACAGUGUGUUGCUGUUCUGCAGUGUGUUCCUACAGUGUGUUGCUGUUCUACAGUGUUUCGACCAGUUGUGUUGCUGUUCUACAGUGUGUUGCGUUUCUACAGUGUGUUGCUGUUCUACAGUGUGUUCUGCAGUGUGUUGCUGUUCUACAGUGUGUUCUACAGUGUGUUGCUGUUCUGCAGCGUGUUCUGCAGUGUGUUGCUGUUCUACAGUGUGUUGCUGUUCUGCAGUGUGUUCUGCAGUGUGUUGCUGUUCUGCAGUGUGUUCUACAGUGUGUUGCUGUUCUGCAGUGUGUUCUGCAGUGUGUUGCUGUUCUGCAGUGUGUUGCUGUUCUGCCAGUGUGUUCUACAGUUGUGUUACUGUUCUGCGGUGUGUUCUACAGUGUGUUGCUGUUCUGCAGUGUGUUCUACAGUGUGUUGCUGUUCUGCAGUGUGUUCUACAGUGUGUUGCUGUUCUGCAGUGUGUUGCUGUUCUGCAGUGUGUUCUACAGUGUGUUGCUGUUCUGCAGUGUGUUCUACAGUGUGUUGCUGUUCUGCAGUGUGUUCUACAGUGUGUUACUGUUCUGCAGUGUGUUCUGCAGUGUGUUCUACAGUGUGUUGCUGUUCUACAGUGUGUUACUGUUCUGCAGUGUGUUCUGCAGUGUGUUCCUGUUCUACAGUGUGUUCUGCAGUGUGUUGCUGUUCUACAGUGUGUUCUGCAGUGUGUUACUGCUCUGCAGUGUGUUCUACAGUGUGUUGUGGUUCUACAGUGUGUUGCUGUUCUACAGUGUGUUCUACAGUGUGUUGCGGUUCUACAGUGUGUUGCUGUUCUACAGUGUGUUCUACAGUGUGUUGCUGUUCUGCAGUGUGUUGCUGUUCUACAGUGUGUUACUGUUCUGCAGUGUGUUCUGCAGUGUGUUCCUGUUCUACAGUGUGUUCUGCAGUGUGUUGCUGUUCUACAGUGUGUUCUGCAGUGUGUUACUGCUCUGCAGUGUGUUGCUGUUCUACAGUGUGUUGCGGUUCUACAGUGUGUUGCUGUUCUACAGUGUGUUCUACAGUGUGUUGCGGUUCUACAGUGUGUUGCUGUUCUACAGUGUGUUCUACAGUGUGUUGCUGUUCUGCAGUGUGUUGCGGUUCUACAGUGUGUUGCUGUUCUACAGUGUGUUCUACAGUGUGUUGCUGUUCUGCAGUGUGUUGCUGUUCUACAGUGUGUUGCUGUUCUGCAGUGUGUUCUACAGUGUGUUACUGAUCUACAGUGUGUUCUACAGUGUGUUGCUGUUCUACAGUGUGUUGCUGUUUUACAGUGUGUUCUACAGUGUGUUGCUGUUCUACAGUGUGUUCUGCAGUGUGUUGCUGUUCUGCGGUAUGUUCUACAGUGUGUUGCUGUUCUACAGUGUGUUCUACAGUGUGUUGCUGUUCUACAGUGUGUUCUACAGUGUGUUGCUGUUCUGCAGUGUGUUGCUGUUCUACAGUGUGUUACUGUUCUGCGGUGUGUUCUGCAGUUGUGUUGCUUGUUCUGCAGCGUGUUACUACAGUGUGUUUGCUUGUUUUACAGUGUGUUCUACAGUGUGUUGCGGUUCUACAGUGUGUUCUGCAGUGUGUUGCUGUUCUGCGGUGUGUUCUGCAGUGUGUUACUGUUCUGCGGUGUGUUCUGCAGUGUGUUACUGUUCUGCGGUGUGUUCUGCAGUGUGUUACUGUUCUGCAGCGUGUUCUACAGUGUGUUGCUGUUUUACAGUGUGUUCUACAGUGUGUUGCUGUUCUACAGUGUGUUGCUGUUCUGCGGUGUGUUCUGCAGUGUGUUACUGUUCUGCAGCGUGUUCUACAGUGUGUUGCUGUUCUACAGUGUGUUCUACAGUGUGUUGCUGUUCUACAGUGUGUUCUGCAGUGUGUUCUGCAGUGUGUGUGUGCAUACCGUCAGCGGUGGUAUCCAGCAUGCUGGUGCGGCUCUGUCCUCGGGGCAUCGCCCUGGGCAUAGCAUUGGGGGGCAGGUCCACUCUGGAGUCCACCCUUGUACCCCUCUCAGGGGUGGAGGACGUCACGUCUGGGGGGACACUGUUCUCUGGAGAAAAGGGUGGAGAGGAGGGGACAGUUAGACACUCAGAUGUUAAGGUUUACUUAUCUUAAGUUAUAUUCUAUAGGACCCCUAAACCUGUGUUGUCUGUCAUCCACCCCUGUUAAAUUGCAGGAUGUUAGACUUACAGAGGGGUGUCUGUGUGGGUUAACAUACGCAUGCGUGGCCGUUUGUUUGUUUGUUUGUCUUACCUACAGUGAGGGAAAAAAGUUUUUGAUCCCCUGCUGAUUUUGUACGUUUGCCCACUGACAAAGAAAUGAUCAGUCUAUAAUUUUAAUGGUAGGUUUAUUUGAACAGUGAGAGACAGAAUAACAACAACAACAUCCAGAAAAACGCAUGUCAAAAAUGUUAUAAAUUGAUUUGUAUUUUAAUGAGGGAAAUAAGUAUUUGACCCCCUCUCAAUCAGAAAGAUUUCUGGCUCCCAGGUGUCUUUAUACAGGUAACGAGCUGAGAUUAGGAGCACACUCUUAAAGGGAGUGCUCCUAAUCUCAGCUUGUUACCUGCAUAAAAGACACCUGUCCACAGAAGCAAUCAAUCAAUCAGAUUCCAAACUCUCCACCAUGGCCAAUACCAAAGAGCUCUCCAAGGAUGGCAGGGACAAGAUUAUAGACCUACACAAGGCUGGAAUGGGCUACAAGACCAUCGCCAAGCAGCUUGGUGAGAAGGUGACAACAGUUGGUGCGAUUAUUCACAAAUAGAAGAAACACAAAAGAACUGUCAAUCUCCCUCGGCCUGGGGCUCCAUGCAAGAUCUCACCUCGUGGAGUUGCAAUGAUCAUGAGAACGGUGAGGAAUCAGCCCAGAACUACACGGGAGGAUCGUGUCAAUGAUCUCAAGGCAGCAGGGACCAUAGUCACCAAGAAAACAAUUGGUAACACACUACGCCGUGAAGGACUGAAAUUCUGCAGCACCCGCAAGGUCCCUCUGCUCAAGAAAGCACAUAUACAGGCCCGUCUGAAGUUCGCCAAUGAACAUCUGAAUGAUUCAGAGGAGAACUGGGUGAAAGUGUUGUGGUCAGAUGAGACCAAAAUCGAGCUCUUUGGCAUCAACUCAACUCGCCGUAUUUGGAGGAGGAGGAAUGCUGCCUAUGACCCCAAGAACACCAUCCCCACCGUCAAACAUGGAGGUGGAAACAUUAUGCUUUGGGGGUGUUUUUCUGCUAAGGGGACAGGACAACUUCACCGCAUCAAAGGGACGAUGGACGGGGCCAUGUACUGUCAAAUCUUGGGUGAGAACCUCCUUCCCUCAGCCAGGGCACUGAAAAUGGGUCGUGGAUGGGUAUUCCAGCAUGACAAUGACCCAAAACACACGGCCAAGGCAACAAAGGAGUGGCUCAAGAAGAAGCACAUUAAGGUCCUGGAGUGGCCUAGCCAGUCUCCAGACCUUAAUCCCAUAGAAAAUCUGUGGAGGGAGCUGAAGGUUCGAGUUGCCAAACAUCAGCCUGGUGGCCAACUACAGGAAACGUCUGACCUCUGUGAUUGCCAACAAGGGUUUUGCCACCAAGUACUAAGUCAUGUUUUGCAGAGGGGUCAAAUACUUAUUUCCCUCAUUAAAAUGCAAAUCAAUUUAUAACAUUUUUGACAUGCGUUUAUCUGGAUUUUUUUGUUGUUAUUCUGUCUCUCACUGUUCAAAUAAACCUACCAUUAAAAUUAUAGACUAAUCAUGUCUUUGUCAGUGGGCAAACGUACAAAAUCAGCAGGGGAUCAAAUAAUUUUUCCCCUCACUGUAUGCGUGUGUGUCUUAUUAUUAUUUUUUCCUCCACCUUUAUUUAACCAGGUAAGCCAGUUGAGAACAAGUUCUCAUUUACAACUGCGACCUGGCCAAGAUAAAGCAAAGCAGUGCGAUAAAAACAACAACACAGAGUUACAUAUGGGGUAAACAAAACAUAAAGUCAAAAAUACAAACAGAAAAUAUAUAUACAGUGUGUGCGAAUGUAGUAAGUUAUGGAGGUAAGGCAAUAAAUAGGCUAUGUGCAAAAUAGUUAAAAUUUCGUAUUAACACUGGAAUGAUAGAUGUGCAAAAGAUGAUGUGCAAAUAGAGAUACUGGGGUGCAAAUUAGCAAAAUAAAUAACAAUAUGGGGAUGAGGUAGUUGGGUGGGCUAAUUUCAGAAUGGCUGUGUACAGGUGCAGUGAUCGGUAAGCUGCUCUGACAACUGACGCUUAAAGUUAGUGAGGGAGAUAAGAGUCUCCAGCUUCAGAGAUUUUUGCAGUUCGUUCCAGUCAUUGGCAGCAGAGAACUGGAAGGAAUGGCGGCCAAAGGUGGUGUUGGCUUUGGGGAUGACCAGUGAGAUAUACCUGCUGGAGCGCAGACUACGGGUGGGUGUUGCUAUGAUGACCAGUGAGCUAAGGUAAGACGGGGAUUUGCCUAGCAGUGAUUUAUAGAUGACCUGGAGCCAGUGGGUUUGGCGAUGAAUAUGUAGUUAGGGCCAGCCAACAAGAGCGUACAGGUCACAAUGGUGGGUAGUAUAUGGGGCUUUGGUGACAAUACGGAUGGCACUGUGAUAGACUACAUCCAAUUUGCUGAGUAGAGUGUUGGAGGCUAUUUUGUAAAUGACAUCGCCGAAGUCAAGGAUCGGUAGGAUAGUCAGUUUUGCGAGGGCAUGUUUGGCAGCAUGAGUGAAGGAGGCUUUGUUGCGAAAUAGGAAGCCGAUUCUAGAUCUAACUUUUGAUUGGAGAUGCUUACUGUGAGUCUGGAAUGAGAGUUUACAGUCUAACCAGACACCUAGGUAUUUGUAGUUGUCCACAUACUCUAGGUCAGACCCGCCGAGAGUAGUGAUUCUAGUCGGGUGGGCGGGUGCAAGCAGCGUUCGGGUGAAAAGCAUGCAUUUAGUUUUACUAGUGUUUAAGAGCAGUUGGAGGCUACGGAAGGAGUGUUGUAUGGCGUUGAAGCUAGUUUGGAGGUUUGUUAACAAAGUGUCCAAUGAGGGGCCAGAUGUAUACAAAAUGGUGUCGUCCGCAAAGAGGUGGAUCCGAGCGUCACCAGCAGCAAGAGCAACAUCAUUGAUAUACACAGAGAAUAGAGUCGGCCCGAGAAUUGAACCAUGUGGCACCCCCAUAGAGACGGCCAGAGGUCCAGACAACAGGCCCUCCGAUUUGACACAUUGAACUCUAUCUGAGAAGUAGUUGGUGAACCAGGUGAGGCAGUCAUUAGAGAAACCAAGGCUAUUUAGUCUGCCAAUAAGAAUGUGGUGAUUGACAGAGUCGAAAGCCUUGGACAGGUCGAUGAAGACGGCUGCGCAGUACUGUCUUUUAUCGAUCGCGGUUAUAAUAUCGUUUAAGACCUUGAGUGUGGCUGAGGUGCACCCAUGACCAGCUCGGAAACCGGAUUGCAUAGCGGAGAAGGUACGGUGGGAUUCGAAAUGGUCGGUGAUCUGUUUGAUAACUUGGCUUUCAAAUACUUUCGAAAGGCAGGGCAGGAUGGAUAUAGGUCUGUAACAGUUUGGAUCUAGAGUGUCACCCCCUUUGAAGAGGGGGAUGACCGCGGCAGAUUUCCAAUCUCUGGGGAUCUCAGACGUUACGAAAGAGAGGUUGAACAGGCUAGUAAUAGGGGUUGCGACAAUUUCAGCGGCUAAUUUUAGAAAGAAAGGGUCCAGAUUGUCUAGCCCAGCUGAUUUGUAGGGGUCCAGAUUUUUCAGCUCUUUCAGAACAUCAGCUGUCUGAAUUUGUGUGAAGGAGAAGCGGGGGGGGGGGGGGGGGCAUGGGCAAGUUGCAGCGGAGGGUGCAGAGCUGGUGGCCGGGGUAGUGGUAGCCAGGUGGAAAGCAUGGCCAGCCGUAGCAAAAUGCUUGUUGAAAUUCUCGAUUAUUGUAGAUUUAUCGGUGGUGACAGUGUUUCCUAGCCUCAGUGCAGUGGGCAGUUGGGAGGAGGUGCUCUUAUUUUUCAUGGACUUUACAGUGUCCCAAAACUUUUUGGAGUUAGUGCUACAGGAUGCAAAUUUCUGUUUGAAAAAGUUAGCCUUUGCUUUCCUAACUGAUUGUGUAUAUUGGUUCCUGACUUCCCUGAAAAGUUGCAUAUCGCGGGGGAUGUUCGAUGCUAAUGCAGUACGCCACAGGAUAUUUUUGUGCUGGUCAAGGGCAGUCAAGUCAACCAGGGGCUAUAUCUGUUCUUAGUUCUCAAUUUUUUGAAUGGGGCAUGCUUAUUUAAGAUUGAGAGGAAAGCACUUUUAAAGAACAACCAGGCAUCCUCUACUGACGGAAUGAGGUCAAUAUCCAUCCAGGAUACCCGGGCCAGGUCAAUUAGAAAGGCCUGCUCGCUAAAGUGUUUUAGGGAGCGUUUGACAGUGAUGAGGGGUGGUCGUUUGACCGCGGGACCCAUUACGGACGCAGGCAAUAAGGCAGUGAUCGCUGAGAUCCUGGUUGAAAAGAGCGGAGGUGUAUUUAGAGGUUAAAUUUGUCAGGAUGAUAUCUAUGAGGGUGCCCAUGUUUACAGAUUUAGGGUUGUACCUGGUAGGUUCGUUGAUAAUUUGUUUAGUUUAGAUUGUAGGUUGGCCGGGGUGUUAAGCAUAUCCCAGUUUAGGUCACCAAGCAGUACGAACUCUGAGGAUAGAUGGGGGGCAAUCAGUUCACAUAUGGUGUCCAGGGCACAGCUCGGGGCUGAGGGGGGUCUGUAGCAAGCGGCAAACAGUGAGAGACUAUUUCUGGAAAGGUGGAUUUUUAGAAGUAGAAGCUCAAACUGUUUGGGCACAGACCUGGAUAAUCUCUACAGUAGAUUGCAACCCCACCCCCUUUGGCAGUUCUAUCGAGACGGAAAAUGUUGUAGUUGGGGAUGGACAAUUCUGAAGUUUUGGUGGCCUUCCUAAGCCAGGAUUCAGACACUGCUAGGACAUCAGGGUUGGCGGAGUGUGCUAACGCAGUGAAUAACUUAGGGAGGAGGCUUCGGAUGUUAACGUGCAAGAAACCAAUGCUUUUACGGUUACAGAAGUCAACAAAUGAUAACGCCUGGGGAGUAGGAGUGAUACUGGGGGUUACAGGGCCUGGGUUAACCUCUACAUCACCAGAGGAACAGAGGAGGAGUAGAAUAAGGAUACGGCUAAAGGCUUUAAGUACUGGUCUUCUAGUGCGUUGGGUACAGAGAAAAAAAGGGGCAGGUUUCCGGGCGUUGUAGAAUAGAUUCAGGGCAUUAUGUACAGAAAAUGAUAAGGAAGGAUAUGAGUACAGUGGAGGUAAAUCUAAGCGUUGGGUAACGAUGAAAGAGAUAGCAUCACUGGAGGCACUGAUUGUGUCCGUCUCCGCGUGUAUGGGGGGUGGUACAAAGGAGCCAUCUAUGGCAGGUUGAGCUGGGCUGGGGGAUCUACAGUGAAAUAGUACAAUAAGAAAUAACCGAAACAGCAAUAAGCAAGGCAUAUUGAAAUGGGAGAGAGGCAUAAAGCAAUCACAGGUGUUAUUCGAGAACUAAGACAACAGCUGGUAAUGGCAACAAAGUUUAGGCUGAGGCUAAAACAUAAACAGGAUGCGGUACCGUAUAAAGGAACAGUCCAGCAGGCAUCAGCUGUAUAGCUGAGUUAUCAUAAGGUCCGGUGAACAGCAAUAGGAGAGUUCAGAGGUAGUUUGGGGGCUGCUAUAGCACUAGCAAGCAAGAGGCCACGGCUAGAGUGUGCUAGCGGGCCGGGGCUAGCAGAACCUGUUGUAAUCACAUCAGACGAUUUUGUCGGCAGACCAGUCGUGUUGGAUCGAUGGGGCUCCGUGUCAACACUAGGAGGUCCCGUCCGGUUGACAGAGAGGUAGAUAGCCGGGAGAAGGGCCUGGCUCACGGCUAGCUCGAGGCUGAUUAGCCAACAACAAUGUCCAUUUGAUUGCAGCUAUCUAGCUACGAUGAUCCGGUGUUAAAGGUCCAGUGAAUCAGUGAUUCCGGCAGAAAAACCGAUAUGUUCUGGGUCGAUAACGCGCUGUGCAGACAGUGCAGACUGGCGGACAAUAGUCCAGACUAGAGCUGGCUGGUAGGUAGUGCAGGCCACAGACAAUGGUGAGAAACCGCUAGCGGUGGCUAAUGGCAAGUAGCUAGUUAGCUGGCUACUCCCGUCCGGUAGACAGAGAGGUAGAUAGCCGGGAUAUGGGCCUGGCUCAAGGCUAACUGGUGCUUGCUUCAGGGGCAGUGGUGAUUAGCCAAACAGCAACAUCCAAUUCGGUUGCAGCUAGCUAGUUGCGAUCCGGUGUUAAUGUCCAGUGAUUCAGUUAUUCCGGCAGAAAAUCCGAUGUUCUGGGUGAAAACCGCUAACGGUGGCUAAUAGCAAGUAGCUAGUUAGCUGGCUAGCUGGUAUCAACUGGAGAUUCUAGAUAAAAGGUCAAUAAUAGAAUCCGUUCCACAUUGAGUGAGGCGGGUUGCAGGAAAGUAUAUUUUGUAGAAGGAUUAAAAGUGUGAUAGGGAAAUAUGUACGAAAAAUACAAAAAAUACAAAAAAACUGGCUAUUUACACAGACACACAACAAAGAACACGACCGCACUGCUAUGCCAUCUUGGAUUGGUCUACCUAUGCACGUGUGGUUGUGUGUGUGUGUGUGUGUGUUUGCAGAGUGUGUGUGUGUUACCUAUGCGUGUGCUUGCCAGUAUGUCGGCCAGCGCGGAAGUGGGAGUCUUAUUCUCUCCGUGAGACAGGGUGGAGGAGGCGGAGGAGGAGGUGGAGGAGCUCUGCACUGAGCGGUUUAUCCAGUAAUCUGGGCUCUGGAGGCUCUGGGCCAGCACUGCACUCAGAGCCACCUGGCGACGCAGGGAACCCUCGUCCUCAGAUGCUGACGACGUGUCUGACAGGAAGACAGAACCACAUUUUAAAAAUUUUUAUUUAUUUAACCUUUAUUUAACCAGGUAAGCCAGUUGAGAACAAGUUCUCAUUUACAACUGCGACAUUAGUGAGGUGCAGUUGAAAUUCAUUUCACAAGAGGUGAUAGACGCUACCAGACAGUAUUUAGGUGACGUGUGGUGAGCUUUGUGGGCAAAAUGACUGCCGUGACAUCCCAGGUGGGUUACAUUGUUAGUGAACAGGGAACAGUGGAUCCUCCUGUUCUUACUAGAGAUAAAGCAGUGAUACCCAACCAUCCCUGGUCCUGAAGAGCUACAGGGCGUGCAGGCUUUUGUCCCGACCCACACCUAAACCAACUCAUCAAAAGUUACUUUACAUCAAGACUUUGAGUGCGCUGAGUCAGGUGUGUUAAUGCUGGGCUGGAACUAAAGCAUGCACAGUGCACACCCUGUACUGUAUCUCUUCAGGACCAGGGUUAGUUAUUGACCACCACAGAGUACUACUCAAACAUAUAACUAGGGUUGCAAAAUUGAGGUAACAUUCCCAAAAUUCCCUGGUUUUCCCAAAAAUCCUGGUUGGAGGACUCCCGGAUUUCCUGCUUAUUCCAUAAAAAUUCCAGGAAUCUUCCAACCAGGAUAUCUGGAAAACCAGAAAAUGUGGGGAAAGUUCGUGAAAUUUUGCAAUCCUACAUAGAACAUAGUUUGAUCUCUAUUGUAGUGACCUGGAGGGGUGCAGUUGUCUACAGGUGACUGGACGAAGGCUGAGCGGCGCUUGGUGGGCAUGGGCAACGCCAUCUUCUCCUCCUUGUGUUUGGCCAACGCUGCCUGUACCGCCUCCGUGUGGAUAUCUGACGGAGAGGGAGCGAAAGAAUGAGAACAGGAACAAGAGAAUAGAAAGACAACAGACAGUAAUACAGGGAUGGAAGAGCAGGGCAGUCACUGCUCCAACUGUUUUCCACUAGACUCCUUAGUCACAAUCAGAACCAACCACUAUCCUUAAGCCAGGCACCAGCCCCCACACACCCCACUCCUACUGUCAUGCCAUGCAUGGUAGAGAUCUGUGUGUGUUCAGUGUUCAGUGUGUUUGUGCUCAGUGUGUGUAUGUGUGUUCAGUGUGAGUGUUCAGUGUGAGUGUGAGUGUGUGUUCAGUGUGUGCGUGUGUGUCUGUGUGUUCAGUGUGUUCGUUCAGUGUUUGUGUGUUCAGUGUGUGUUUGUUCAGUGUGUGUGUGUUCAGUGUGUGUGUGUUCAGUGUGUGUUCAGUGUGUGUGUGUUCAGCGUGUGUGUGUGUGUUCAGUGUGAGUGUGUGUGCUUUCAGUGUGUGUGUGUGCGUUCAGUGUGUGUGUGCGUUCAGUGUGUGUGAGUGUGUUCAGUGUGUGUAAGUGCGUUCAGUGUGUGUGUUCAGUGUGUGUAAGUGCGUUCAGUGUGUGUGUUCAGUGUGUGUGUUCAGUCUGUGUGUUCAGUCUGUGUGUGUGUUCAGUCUGUGUGUGUGUUUUCAGUGUGUGUGUGUGUCCAGUGUGUGUGUGUGUCCAUUGUGUUCAGUGUGUGUGUUCAGUGUGUGUGUUCAGUGUGUGUUGCACCUUAACAUGUAGCUCAAUUUCAACAUUUGUAUCAACAUUCCCUUAUUCAGUCUACUUGGCUUGUACACAUCCUUGUUGCUGUUGUUGUUGUUGGAUGUCAUUUCCUCUGUACAGCAUGGAUUGUUUCCUGCUUAAUGUUGAGAAUCUGAAUAUGUUUCAAGUUUUAAUGUCAUGUGCAGAAGUACAGUAAAAUGCCUUUCUUGCUCUAACCCCAACAAUGCAGUAAUCAAUAUCAAUGUAGAACUAAAAAUAACAAGGUAGAACAAAAACACCAAGAAAUAAAAAUAAAAAUAAGAAGAACAGGAGAAGUAAGUCAACUAUAAACAGGGUCAGGUCCAGUCCCAUAUUUACAAUGUGCAGGGAUACUGGAGUGAUAGAGGUAGAUACAGUGAUCUCCAAAAGGAUUGUAUGAAUGUACAUUGUGUGUGUGUGUGUCUCUGUACCUGAUCUGUAGCGGUCGUCCCUGGCCCCCCCGCUGCGGUUUCUGCGCCCCCCGGAGGAAGACGAGGGGCUAGAGGCCUCAGGACUGGCAGGGCUACAGUCAGGGCUGGGUUCACCGCUGGUAGGGCCGGAGGACGACUGCUGCUGGAUGUCUGGGAGAGCUAACUCCACACCUGGACAGAGAGAUAGGAUGGUUGACACCUGGCUCUAACACACACACUGCACACACACACCCAAACAUUCAGAAAGACACACAAACACACACAAACACACACCGAGCAGAUGAAAGCUCCGAUGCGCAGCCAGAACAAGCAGGAGGUGAUCUUUCAGGUUCAAAGCAUCCUAAUGCCAACUCUGACGACCUGGGUACAUUAUCAACGUUACAUACGGAAGCAACAUCAGAUGGUGCCACACCUUGAGAGACUUGGGAUUUUCCUGGAGUCAUUUUCCAGGUAAUUAAGCAAUCGUUUGAUAACUAAUGCACUAGAGCAGGGUUCCCCAAUAGGCAUGAUUUUGAUUUGGUCACACCACAAACUGACACACACUUGACAUGGACAUCCUCCAGUGGCAGUCUGUUGGCUGACUCCGGGCCUUCCAUGGAGACUGACUGGAACUGACCCGUGAGUUCAGGCCGACUAGAGCUAGAGGGGGAAGAAAUUGUAGGCUACACCCUAGCGAGUGACUAACUGCCAUAGCUAGAAAUUGGACAAGGGCAAAAUAAGUUUGAAGUGAAGGGGGUCAAGGAACACCAGGCUAGCUGCAUUUAAUACAUGUUUGAGCAAUAAUGACGCUGUUCCUUAAUCCACCACUAGGACACAGCAGAGAGCCAUGAAACAGAUGUUAUGGAUGGGGGGAGGCGGGGGUCAGUACAGUUAGGCCUACCCACUAUUUGUGGAACAGUUUUGGUUUCUCUGUGCAUUCUUUCCCCAUGAAAAUGACUUGUUGAUGCAAAACAGACAUAGUUGAAAAGGCAUGCGUUUGAGUCUGGGGUUAGGCUGAAAACUCUAUGCUACUAUGUCACCUUCUGCAAUGAGGAGACACAUGGAUUAUAAAUGUCAAGAGGAGGAGGAGUAGAAGAGGAGGAGGAGUAGAGAGAGGAGGAAGAGGAAGAUAAAGUACUUGGUGGUGAUCUGAGGGAGGAAGAGGAAGAUAAAGUACUUGGUGGUGAUCUGAGGGAGGAAGAGGAAGAUAAAGUACUUGGUGGUGAUCUGAGGGAGGAAGAGGAAGAUAAAGUACUUGGUGGUGAUCUGAGGGAGGAAGAGAAGGAUAAAGUACUUGGUGAUGAUCUGAGGGAGGAAGAGGAAGAUAAGUACUUGGUGGUGAUCUGAGGGAGGAAGAGGAAGAUAAAGAGUACUGGUGGUGAUCUGAGGGGACAGGGAAGAGGAAGAUGAAGUACUUGGAUGGUGAUCUGAGGGAGGGAAGCGGAAAGAUAAAGUACUUGGUGAUGAUCUGAGGGAGGAAGAGGAAGAUAAAUUACUUGGUGGUGAUCUGAGGGAGGAAGAGGAAGAUAAAGUACAGUACUUACUGGUGAUCUGAGGGAGGAAGGGGGCCAGCAGCUUGGCUCGUUUCUUCUCAUAGCCUUUCUGUGUGAUGUCACCUAACAGAGAAGAAGAGAAGAAAACACAACACACAGUCACCAGUCAGUCACCACACUACCAUCAAUCAACAAGACACACACAGUCACCAGUCAGUCACCACACUACCAUCAAUCAACAAGACACACUCACAGUCACCAGUCAGUCAAAACACUACCAUCAAUCAACAAGACACACACAGUCACCAGUCAGUCACCACACUACCAUCAAUCAACAAGACACACACAGUCACCAGUCAGUCACCACACUACCAUCAAUCAACAAGACACACACACAGUCACCAGUCAGUCACCACACUACCAUCAAUCAACAAGACACACACACAGUCACCAGUCAGUCACCACACUACCAUCACUCAACAAGACACUCACAGUCACCAGUCAGUCACCACACUACCAUCAAUCAACAAGACACUCACAGUCACCAGUCAGUCACCACACUACCAUCAAUCAACAAGACACACACAGUCACCAGUCAGUCAUCACACUAACACUACCAUCAAUCAACAAGACACUCACAGUCCCCAGUCAGUCACCACACUACCAUCAAUCAACAAGAUACACACCCAGUCACCAGUCAGUCACCACACUACCAUCAAACAACAAGACACACACAGUCACCAGUCAGUCAUCACACUAACACACCAUCAAUCAACAAGACACACACAGUCACCAGUCAGUCAUCACACUAACACUACCAUCAAUCAACAAGACACUCACAGUCACCAGUCAGUCACCACACUACCAUCAAUCAACAAGACACUCACAGUCACCAGUCAGUCACCACACUACCAUCAAUCAACAAGACACACACAGUCACCAGUCAGUCAUCACACUAACACACCAUCAAUCAACAAGACACACACAGUCACCAGUCAGUCAUCACACUACCAUCAAUCAACAAGACACUCACAGUCCCCAGUCAGUCACCACACUACCAUCAAUCAACAAGAUACACACCCAGUCACCAGUCAGUCACCACACUACCAUCAAACAACAAGAUACACACCCAGUCACCAGUCAGUCACCACACUAACACUACCAUCAAUCAACAAGACACACACAGUCACCAGUCAGUCACCACACUAACACUACCAUCAAUCAACAUGACACACAAAUGGAUGUUCGUCUCCAGUCACCACACAAACACUACUACAAUCAAUCAAGAUAUAGGACCUCAAGAGGACCCAGACAGAACACUAACUCUAAAGCAUGUCUACAGACAUUCACACGUCAGUCAUCACACUUUUCCCUGUAUUAUUCCGUUUUCAUUGACAGGGACAGACAUGGGGAGGGAGACAGAGGACAUUGUCUAUAGAAGUGUGUUGGGACUGCAUAGGUGCCAAGAGCAGUGACAUUAACCACUCAACCAACCUCAGGCAUCAUAGCACACUUCUAAAACCUUACAGGGGAUAUUCUGUCAGCUUUCGGGGUUUGGCCCUGAACAACACUCCCACUACUGCACAGAGUAAAUCCACACGUUCCUUAAACUCCCUCCCAAAACACACACACACAUCCCCUUAUGUGUGACCAGCGAUAGCGUCACAGGGAGACAUAGGAGUGGGGUAAGUCUAAAGGCUUGCACACAUUGCACCGAAUGUGGAUCUAGCCCCCCCCCCCCCCCCCACCCACCCACCCACACGAGAACAAGCGGCCCCCCUUGGUGUCAGGCAGCUCAGAAUAGAGGAAGAUAAACAUGUGAUGAGAGAGACUGGUUGGUCAGGAAAGUGAGAGAGAGAACAUAACAGUGUGUCAAAUAACAAUGGAAAGAGAGGGAGGGGGAGAAGGGGAGAGAGUUAGUUUUCAAAAUCCAGAAAAGAGCGGUUCAAUUCUACACAUUCCACCACAAAGCCCUCACCUACAGAGAGAUUAACCUAGAGAAAAGUCCCCUCGGCCAGCUGGUUCUGGGGCUCUGUUCACAAACACAAACAGAACCCACAGAGCCCCAGGACAGCAACACAAUUAGACCCAACCAAAUUAUGAGAAAGCAAAAACUAUCACUGUAUUUUUUAUUUAUUUAAUGUUGACGGUAUGACAGUAUUUUUGAAUAAUGAAAGUUUUAUUUGUACUGCGUGACCCUACGGUGGCAACACAUACAAGGGAUUUCAAAUGGGUCUUUCUCCAGUCUGACUGUUUUAUGCUGUUCAAAUCAACCACAAAUAAUUUCCUGCACUCAUUUGAGAUCUUUUUCACACUGCCACAUAGGGCUGCACGAUAUGGACAAGAAAACUAUACCUUUUUUUUUUAACCAAAUUUUGGACUUGCGAUUUAGAUCAAAACACUUGGGUGAACUGUUGGACUCAUGGAAAUAAAAUGAUUAUUCUAAUUCUAUAGUUAGAAUAUAAAAAAUAUAGAGUUCACUUUGAAUACAGUGUUGUUUGACAAAAUGCCAGGGAGGAGUUAUUGUGACAGGGUAGGAACCAAAGUGAUGGUCAGUGUUUCCUAGGGGACCCUUUAAAUCUUUUGCUACAUGUUUCUUCAUGUAGCCAACAUAUACAUGCUUCGCCUAUUCCUCUCUGAUUUAGAAGAUACUGUUGCACAAACAACAUGCUGAUUUAGGCCGACACCAGCACUGGUAUCAGGCUGUAUUAGCUAGCCACGCUUGCUCUCACUCAGUACAUGUAUUAGCUAGCCACGCUUGCUCUCACUCAGUACAUGUAUUAGCUAGCCACGCUUGCUCUCACUCAGUACAUGUAUUAGCUAGCCACGCUUGCUCUCACUCAGUACAUUUAUUAGCUAGCCACGCUUGCUCUCACUCAGUACAUUUAUUAGCUAGCCACGCUUGCUCUCACUCAGUACAUUUAUUAGCUAGCCACGCUUGCACUCACUCAGUACAUUUAUUAGCUAGCCAGCUAACUAGUGAUUAGCAGCGAACACAAUUUAGCUAAAAUUUGCUAGAAAAUAUAAACUAGCUGUUUGAUGUAAGAAACACAAACCAAGUGUAAUUAUAAAGCGCUUGUGGUUUUAUAUUAAGAAGCAACGUGGGAUACAUCGUUGUCAUCAACAUUGUUGCAUGUGCUACGUUGACCAUGCACACAGAACGCAAGUGUCUCGUGGUCAAGCAACAAACAAACGCACUCCUUGAGUGACAGGGGGCGGGGCUAGGUCUGUGUGGAAAGCAGCAUUGAGAGAGUGGAGAGGGAUGACUAAAGUAGCUUGUAAACUAUUACCCACGGCAUAUCACAUUCAACAAACCAAACGUUCAAAUACCGUUAUAGAAGGUCAAGUAAAAACCCAAACCAGUCCGUCCAUCAAUAAUGAUAUAUCGUAAAAUACGAUAUACCACCCAGCCCUAGAAAGAAUCAAGCAAAAACUGAGCAAAUUGGAAUGCUGUCUGGCCCUAAACAGAGAGUACACAGUGGCAGAAUACCUGACCACUGUGACUGACCCAAACUUAAGGAAAGCUUUGACUAUGUACAGACUCAGUGAGCAUAGCCUUGCUAUUGAGAAAGGCCGCUGUAGGCAGACCUGGCACUCAAAAUGAGGUGGAAACUGAGCUGCACUUCCUAACCUCCUGCCAAAUGUAUGACCAUAUUAGAGACACAUAUUUCCCACAGAUCACACAGACCCACACAUUCAUAAACAGAGCGGGAAAUGACCCGGGCAACAUGGACAAGCCUACAUCACCAAGCGUUUGUGAACAACACCUGCUACAGUUUGUAUGUAUUAGAGUGCAGAGGACAGGAUGAGUGUUACCCCACCCCAUCUCCCCUGCCAAAAGCAGCUUCCAGUCUAUUCAGACUACAGAAAUGAGUUCCAAAUGGCACUUCAUUCACAGCCCCAUAUAGUGCACUACUUUUGACUAGGGCCCAUAAGGUUCAGGUCAAAAGUAGUGCACUAUAUAGGGAAUAGGGUGCCAUUUGGGACGCACACUAGAGGAAUGUGCUGAUGGGAGAACAGCCUCCUAACUCACUGGGGCCAACUGGCUCAAUGGGCAAACUACCUAAACAUGAGUAAGUUACACACUUAAACACCAUCAUAUCAUACCCCUCAUAACAUAACCAUCUUAAACACCAUCUCAUCAUACCCCUCAUAACAUAACCAUCAUACCCCUCAUAACAUAACCAUCAUACCCCUCAUAACAUAACCAUCUUAAACACCAUCUCAUCAUACCCCUCAUAACAUAACCAUCAUACCCCUCAUAACAUAACCAUCAUACCCCUCAUAACAUAACCAUCAUACCCCUCAUAAUAUAACCAUCAUACCCCUCAUAAUAUAACCAUCAUACCCCUCAUAACAUAACCAUCAUACUGACCCUGUGACACUUCCUGUUGACCCCUGACCCUCAGGGAGAGUAAAGGCUGAUCUCUGACAGACAGCUGAAGACCAAGGUCAACUUGAGGUCACCGACACCACCCUCCUCUCCUCUGGCUAUCAAUCUAGAAUACACAGUGUCUAUGAACACACACACACACACACACACACACACACACACACACACACACACACACACACUACAGCAGUCAGCUUAGCUCACCUAGUUUGCCUUAAGGGGCUUUAAUGUAAAAGCCAUUUUGUCAUUAUUGACCCUUUGACAUGUAAACCAUAGGGAGGUCAGGACUGAGGGAUUAUGUUAUUAUUGCAUUUUAUUAGUUGGAUGUUAUUUUAAUUUACUCCCAUUCAGACACACUCAACCCCCCAGUCAGCUUGCUGAUGACCCAUUCAAAUGCUCAGCUUGACCACAUCGGCUCACUUGUGAUUAUCUGUCUCCAUGUUGACCUUUAACAUUGAUGGGUUAAGGUCAACACCGUAAAUGCUGUAUGUUUCCAUCUACAGUAACUGACUCCAGAGAGAUGUGUUGUUGUUACCAUGCAGUCUGGCAGAUUACAUUCUGAACCCCAAAUCGACCAUCACCCACUACCCAACACUUCAUCAUGUAUAACUGAAAGGAUACAUUCUCAACCAGAUGAAACACCAUUUCAGUUACAGGAAUUUACUAUGUACCGUAAAUGAUGUAAUAUAUCAUUUAUGCCUUCUACAGCCGUAUUGGUGGACUAGGAAUAUGGUCAUAGUCUGACAUGAUGAAGGUCAGCACGCUGUAGUAGGUCCUAUUCCAUGAGACUUGGGAAGAGCUAACAGACAAGACGGCACGCUGUAGUAGUUCCUAUUCCAUGAGACUUGGGAAGAGCUACCAGACAAGACGGCACGCUGUAGUAGUUCCUAUUCCAUGAGACUUGGGAAGAGCUAACAGACAAGACGGCACGCUGUAGUAGUUCCUAUUCCAUGAGACUUGGGAAGAGCUAACAGACAAGACGGCACGCUGUAGUAGUUCCUAUUCCAUGAGACUUGGGAAGAGCUAACAGACAAGACGGCACGGCACGCUGUAGUAGGUCCUAUUCCAUGAGACUUGGGAAGAGCUACCAGACAAGACGGCACGCUGUAGUAGGUCCUAUUCCAUGAGACUUGGGAAGAGCUACCAGACAAGACGGCACGCUGUAGUAGUUCCUAUUCCAUGAGACUUGGGAAGAGCUAACAGACAAGACGGCACGCUGUAGUAGGUCCUAUUCCAUGAGACUUGGGAAGAGCUAACAGACAAGACGGUGACUGGGUUGGUGUAGUAAUACUGUAUGUACACUACCAGUCAAAAGUUUGGACACACCUACUCAUUCAAGGGUUUGUCUUUAUUUUUACUAUUUUCUCCAUUGCAGAAUAAUAGCGAAGACAUCAAAACUAUGAAAUAACACACACGGAAUCAUGAAGUAACCAAUAAAAGUGUUAAACAAAAUCAAAAUAUAUUUUAUAUUUGAGAUUCUUCAAAAGUAGCCACCCUUUGCCUUGAUGACAGCUUUGCACACUCUCGGCAUUCUCUCAACCAGCUUCAUGAGGUAGUCACCUGGAAUGCAUUUCAAUUAACAGGGGUGCCUUGUUAAAAGUUAAUUUGUGGAAUUUCUUGUGUUGUGUUGUGACAAGGUAGGGGUGGUAUAAAAAGAUAGCCCUAUUUGGUAAAAGACCAAGUCCAUAUUAUGGCAAGAACAGCUCAAAUAAGCAAAGAGAAACGACAAUCCAUCAUUACUUUAAGACACGGUCAAUCAAUAAAUAACUUUUCAAGAACUUUGAAAGUUUCUUCAAGUGCAGUCCCAAAAACCAUCAAGUGCUAUGAUGAAACUGGCUCUCAUGAGGACCGCCACAGGAAUGGAAGACCCAGAGUUACCUCUGAUGCAGAGGAUAAGUUCAUUAGUUACCAGCCUCAGAAAUUGCAGCCCAAAUAAAUGCUUCAGAGUUCAAGUAACAGACACAUCAACAUCAAAUGUUCAGAGGAGACUGUGUGAAUCAGGCCUUCAUGGUCGAAUAGCUGCAAAGAAACCACUACUAUAAGGACACCAAUAACAAGAAGAGACUUGGGCCAAGAAACAAGCGCAACGGACAUUAGCAUUCUGCAUCGAUACGCCAUCCCAUCUGGUUUGGGCUUAGUGGGACUAUCAUUUGUUUUUCAACAGGACAAUGACCCAACACACCUCCAGGCUGUGUAAGGGCUAUUUGACCAAGAAGGAGAGUGAUGGAGAGCUGCAUCAGAUGACCUGGCCUCCACAAUCAUCCGACCUCAACCCAAUUGUGAUGGUUUGGGAUGAGUUGGACCGCAGAGUGAAGGAAAAGCAGCCAACAAGUGCUCAGCAUUUGUGGGAACUCCUUCAAGACUUUUGGAAAAGCAUUCCAGGUGAAGCAGGUUGAGAGAAUGCCGAGAGUGUGCAAAGCUGUCAUCAAGGCAAAGGGUGGCUACUUUGAAGAAUCUCACAUAUAAAAUAUAUUUUGAUUUUGUUUAACACUUUUAUUGGUUACUUCAUGAUUCCGUGUGUGUUAUUUCAUAGUUUUGAUGUCUUCACUAUUAUUCUACAAAUGUAGAAAAUAGUAAAAAUAAAGACAAACCCUUGAAUGAGUAGGUGUGUCCAAACUUUUGACUGGUACUGUAUAGUAAUACUGGUCAGUGGUCAGAGUAGUCGUUUCUAUUUGAAGAGCCUGGGAUGAGCUAAUGGUUGAUUCUAACAGACAGGAGAGUAGUAUUUAAUGCCCACCCAUCCCCAACACAACACAUCAGAUUAGACUUCAUUAUUAGACUUCAUUCAUACUUACACUGAACCAAAAUAUAAAUGCAACAUGUAAAGUGUUGGUGCCAUGUUUACCAUAAGCAUAAAAAGCUUAUUUCUCUCAAAUGUGUUUACAUCCCUGUUAGUGAGCAUUUUUCCUUUGCCAAGAUAAUCCAUCCUCCUGACAGGUGUGGCAUACCAAGAAGCUGAUUAAACAGCAUGAUCAUUACACAGGUGCACCUUGUGCUGGGGACAAUAAAAGGCCACUCUAAAAUGAGCAGGUUUGUCACACAUCACAAUGCCACAGAUGUCUCAAGUUUUGAGGGAGCGUGCAAUAGGCAUGCUGACUGCAGGAAUGUCCCACCAGAGCUGUUCCCAGAUAAUGUAAUGUUAAUUUCUCUACCAUAAGCUGCCUUCAACGUUGUUUUAGAGAAUUUGGCAGUACGUCCAACUGGCUUCACAACCGCAGACCACGUGUAUGGUGUCGUGUGGGCGAGCAGUUUGCUGAUGUUAAUGUUGUGAACAGAGUGCUCCAUGGUGGCGGUGGGGUUAUGGGUAUGGGCAGGCAUAAGCUACGGACAACGAACCCAAUUGUAUUUUAUUGACGGCAAUUUGAAUGCACAGAGAUAUCAUGACGAGAUCCUGAGGCACAUUGUUGUGCCAUUCAUCCACCGCCAUCACCUCAUGUUUCAGCAUGAUAAUGCACAGCCCCAUGUCGCAAGGAUCUGUACACAAUUCCUGGAAGCUGAUAAUGUCCCAGUUCUUCCAUGGCCUGCAUACUCACCAGACAUGUCACCCUAUUGAGCAUGUUUGGGAUGCUCUGUAUUGAUGUGUACGAAGCGUGUUCCAGUUCCCGCCAAUAUCCAGAAUAUCCAGCAACUUCACACAGCCAUUGAAGAGUGGGACAACAUUCCACAGGCCACAAUCAACAGCCUGAUCAAGUCUAUAUGAAGGAGAUGUGUUGCGCUGCAUGAGGCAAAUGGUGGUCACACCAGAUACUGAUUGGUUUUCUGAUCCACGCCCCUACUUUUUUUUAAAGGUAUCUGUGAGCAACAGACGCAUAUCUUUAUUCCCAGUCAUGUGAAAAUCCAUAGAUUAGGGUCUAAUAUAUUUAUUUCAAUUGACUGAUUUCCUUAUAUGAACUGUAACUCAGUAAAAUCUUAGAAAUUGUUGCAUGUUGCGUUUAUAUUUUUGUUCAGUAAAAAUGUUGUGAGUAAACACAACACAUAUUUAGUAACAAUGCAUCUUUAUCCAUUUUAGAGCUUGGAAAACAGAAAACGUUGGAUGAUAAAUUCAACAUCAUCUGUGUUGUUCUUGAAGGUUGUGGUUGAAAGUGACAACUGAUGUCAUCUGCUUUUCUAUUCUGGUCCGUCUCUUCCUUUCCUUUAUCGCAUACUAAAAAUGCCUACCGUUCAUAACGCAAGUACGGGUAUUCGGACACGGCCAGUAUUCAUAUGCUAGUAGCCAAGUUCUGUCAUUUGACUAACAGACUGGCAGUUCUUCCUGGUUUAGAAACCCGAUUCAGCAGCAUGUCAAUCAUGUGAAGCAGUCAGUGUUUGUUCCCUGACCACACUGCAGCUAGUUGUUGGAUAGAGGAGAAAACACCCACAGAUAAACAAAGGGGGUGACACACACACCAUGUUGUGGCGGACAACGUGACCGGGAAGAUUUGAGACAUUUUACGGACCCCUAUGGAUUGAGUGCAUAGCCCAUUAGGGCGUCCACCCACGGUGCUCAGAAUGACAGAAAUGUAAUGAAGCAGCCAAUAAAACGUCAUUUUCAUUUGCCAAAAUGCAAUUUGCAGGAAAACACCAUUCUAAAACAGCACACCUGGGAAAACACCAUUCUAAACAGCGCACCUGAUAGCGGUUCCAUAUCUGACAGAAAUAAACAUCUCUGUUAGAAACUUAGAAAGAGGGAGAUUCUAAAGAUGCAACAAUGGGGAUGGGUUGCUAUGACGAUGGUGCCUUUGGCUCCCGGACAACGAAAGAAAGUUGAUAUGAAAACCAAUAGAACAGGAGAGAAAUGGCAUAGCGGUGGGUCCAAUAGGGAAGUACAGUGCAUUCUGAAAAGCAUUCAGACCCAUUGACUUUUUCACAUUUUGUUACGUUACAGCCUUAUUCUCAAAUGGAUGAAAUUAAUUUGAGUCUUAUUGGGCAUGACACUACAAGCUUGGCACACCUGUAUUUGGGGAGUUUCUCCCAGAAUCCACUCAAGCUCUGUCAGGUUGGAUGGGGAGCGUGGCUGCACAGCUAUUUUCAGGUCUAUCCAGAGAUGUUCGUUCGGGUUCAAGUCGGGCCACUCAAGGACAUUCAGAGACUUGUCCCGAAGCCACUCCUGCGUUGUCUUGGCUGUGUGCUUAGGGUCGUUGUCCUGUUGGAAGGUGAACCUUCGCCCCCAGUCUGAGGUCCUGAGCGUUCUGGAGCAUGUUUGCUCUGUUCAUCUUUCCCUCAAUCCUGACUGGUCUCCCAGUCCCUGCCGCUGAAAAACAUCCCCACAGCAUGACGCUGCCUCCACCAUGCUUCACCGUAAGGAUGGUGCCAGUUUUCCUGCAGACGUGACGCUUGGCAUUCAGGCCAAAAAGUUCAACCAGAGAAUCCGACCAGAGAAUCUUUUUUCUCACGGUCAGUGUCCUGUAGGGGCCAUUUGGCAAACUCAAAGUGGGCUGUCAAGUGCCUUUUACUGAAGAGUGGCUUCCGUCAGGCCACUCUACCAUUAAGGACUGGUUGGUGGAGUGCUGCAGAGAUGGUUGUCCUUCUGGAAGGUUCUCCCAUCUCCACAGAGGAACUCUGGAACUCUGUCAGAGUGACCAUCGGGAUCUUGGUCACCUCCCUGACCAAGGCCCUUCUCCCCUGAUUGCUCAGUUUGGCUAGGCGGCCAGCUCUAGGAAGAGUCUUGGUGGUUCCAAAGUCUUCCAUUUAAGAAUGAUGGAGGUCUUGGGGACCUUCAAAGCUGCAGACAUUUUUUGGUACCCUUCCCAAUAUCUUUUCCCUAGACACAAUCCUGUCUCGGAGCUCUACUGACAGUUCCUUCGACCUCAUGGCUUGGUUUUUGCAUGCACUGUCAACUGUGGGACCUUAUAUAGACCGGUGUGUGCCUUUCCAUUUCAUGUCCAAUCAAUUGAAUUUACCACAGGUGGACUCCAAUCACAAUGUAGAAUCAUCAAGGAUGAUCAAUGGAAACAGGAUGCACCUGAGCUCAAUUUCGAGUCUCAUUGCAAAGGGUCUGAAUACUUAUGUAAAUAAGGUAUCUUUUUUUUACCCCUUUUUCUCCCCAAUUUCGUGAUAUCCAAUUGGUAGUUACAGUCUUGUCAAAAUACUUCACCAGAAAGCAUGACUUCGCCACAGAGGAAUUGAGGAUCAUUAGCUUCUUUUAAAAAAUGGCUGUGGAUUAUUUCAAACCACAAGCUCGUAGGUCUAUGCCUAUUUGGGAAGCCAGGAAGUUGGGCAGCGAGCGUGGCAACAGGCCUAGCUGUUUACUAAGUGAAAAGCAUCUAAUAUAUGUGUGAAGAUACUGUCUUCAGUAUAAUUUUAAAUGUUGAGACAAUUCUUGCGCAUUCAUUGUUUCAUUGUGUGAAUUGUUUGCCCUUUGAUUUAUAUUUAUCAUCAAUUACAUACUGUAUGUCACCAGUAGUAAAUAUACCAUUAAUUCCAAUCAUUUGGUUACAUACAUUUCUGUUAAUGCAUGUAUUAAUUACAGACAUUUAACGUUCUCAUUCUCGGAUUGGAAACGUUGUUUGCAGAAUUCACAACCUGCUACACUUGUGAGCCAUCAUUUAUGAGAUUUGUCAAUUAUUUUUUUUAUUGUCUUUUGUUUGGAGUGCUCCAUGUGAGCAAUGAGCAUUUGUCAGGUUUCUUUGUCCUGAUAAUGUUGAGGGCGCGCGCCUGAGCAUGCAUAGAAGUUCCUGGACUGCUGCGCGGAAAUGUAGGAAAGUGGAUUUUUUAACAUCCAUUGCGGAUGAUAAUAUAUUAAAACAAUCUCCCCCUCGAUAAUCACCAAUCCUUGGAAUGGAUCAUCACCAAUCCGUGGAAUGGAUCAUCACCAAUCCUUGGAAUGGAUCAAGGUGUAUCAAUGUGUCCAUGUGGCAGAGGCUAGUGAUUCGCAUUAGUUGACUUUUAUCUUUUGAAUUUGUAUCAUUUUAAUUCAGAUUUGUAUGACUAACCACGUGACAAUGACUGAGAAAGGAAAACGUUAUUAUAGAAAUGAAACUGUUCCAUGAAAAUGCGCAUAUGAAAAUCAUAACUGGCACGCAGAACGGUAGAAAAGGUAGGAUAAAUUGUAAGCUUCGCAAUUGGUCGGAUUUUGCUUAUAGGCUACUUUGAAGCAAGGUAAGAAAUGCCUCAUAAUAUGAAAUAAAACAUGCAGGUUUUAAACAAUGAAGUAUGUUUUGAAAAUGCAUUCUGCCUCCAGCUCACACUGUAAAGUGGUGGGGGACUCGCUGACAGCCUGCUGCCUGCACUUCAAUUGUGAAUGGGAGGCGCGCUUCAAUUACCAUUUGAGAAAUAAAAAUAGUAGCAGUUUUUCCACAAAAUUAUGCAAAUUGACCUAUAAGCAUGAAAUGUAUUUACAUUGACUGGUAUUUCCAUCAAUGAAUUAAAAGCAUUAUUUUGCAAUGGGAUUAUCUUCUCCCGGUCAUUUUGGCCCGCAACAGUUCUAAUUAUCGGCUUUUCAUUUAUAUACACUGCUCAAAAAAAUUAAGGGAACACUAAAAUACACAUCCUAGAUCUGAAUGAAUGAAAUAAUCUUAUUAAAUACUUUUUUCUUUACAUAGUUGAAUGUGCUGACAACAAAAUUACACAAAAAUUAUCAAUGGAAAUCAAAUUUAUCAACCCAUGGAGGUCUGGAUUUGGAGUCACACUCAAAAUUAAAGUGGAAAACCACACUACAGGCUGAUCCAACUUUGAUGUAAUGUCCUUAAAACAAGUCAAAAUGAGGCUCAGUAGUGUGUGUGGCCUCCACGUGCCUGUAUGACCUCCCUACAAUGCCUGGGUAUGCUCCUGAUGAGGUGGCGGAUGGUCUCCUGAGGGAUCUCCUCCCAGACCUGGACUAAAGCAUCUGCCAACUCCUGGACAGUCUGUGGUGCAACGUGGCGUUGGUGGAUGGAGCGAGACAUGAUGUCCCAGAUGUGCUCAAUUGGAUUCAGGUCUGGGGAACAGGCGGGCCAGUCCAUAGCAUCAAUGCCUUCCUCUUGCAGGAACUGCUGACACACUCCAGCCAUAUGAGGUCUAGCAUUGUCUUGCAUUAGGAGGAACCCAGGGCCAACCGCACCAGUAUAUGGUCUCACAAGGGGUCUGAGGAUCUCAUCUCGGUACCUAAUGGCAGUCAGGCUACCUCUGGCGAGCACAUGGAGGGCUGUGCGGCCCCCCAAAGAAAUGCCACCCCACACCAUGACUGACCAACCGCCAAACCGGUCAUGCUGGAGGAUGUUGCAGGCAGCAGAACGUUCUCCACGGCGUCUCCAGACUCUGUCACGUCUGUCACAUGUGCUCAGUGUGAACCUGCUUUCAUCUGUGAAGAGCACAGGGCGCCAGUGGCGAAUAUGCCAAUCUUGGUGUUCUCUGGCAAAUGCCAAACGUCCUGCACGGUGUUGGGCUGUAAGCACAACCCCCACCUGUGGACUUCGGGCCCUCAUACCACCCUCAUGGAGUCUGUUUCUGACCGUUUGAGCAGACACAUGCACAAUUGUGGCCUGCUGGAGGUCAUUUUGCAGGGCUCUGGCAGUGCUCCUCCUGCUCCUCCUUGCACAAAGGUGGAGGUAGCGGUCCUGCUGCUGGGUUGUUAACCUCCUACGGCCUCCUCCAACAUCUCCUGAUGUACUGGCCUGUCUCCUGGUAGCGCCUCCAUGCUCUGGACACUACGCUGACAGACACAGCAAACCUUCUUGCCACAGCUCGCAUUGAUGUGCCAUCCUGGAUGAGCUGCACUACCUGAGCCACUUGUGUGGGUUGUAGACUCCGUCUCAUGCUACCACUAGAGUGAAAGCACCGCCAGCAUUCAAAAGUGACCAAAACAUCAGCCAGGAAGCAUAGGAACUGAAAGUGGUCUGUGGUCACCACCUGCAGAACCACUCCUUUAUUGGGGGUGUCUUGCUAAUUGCCUAUAAUUUCCACCUGUUGUCUAUUCCAUUUGUACAACAGCAUGUGACAUUUAUUGUCAAUCAGUGUUGCUUCCUAAGUGGACAGUUUGAUUUCACAGAAGUGUGAUUGACUUGGAGUUACAUUGUGUUGUUUAAGUGUUCCCUUAAUUUUUUUGAGCAGUGUAUAUUUUUUGGCCAAAAGCCAUCAAUUGCCGGCUAACAGAAACCCUGACACACACACACAGGGGGUGAGAGGAGAGAAACUAGUGUCACCCAUAGAUGCGUAUUUUUAGCUUAUCUGUGGCUACAGCAUACAGACAUGACAGUAGAACUUCCAUCACCAUGAGAUUCAGACUAAGCCAACAUGUUUUCACAGCUCAAGAGAUCAUUGCUCAUUAUUGUCAAUAGAAGCUCUGGCAGGGGCGUACAGGCCCACAUGGUAGAUGAACCUGUAUCACCUAACAGGUUUUAAACAGAUCAGCUUCAAGAUGUUUACAGAUCAAGAGGGAGCCUAGGACUAUAUCUUUGCCAAACCAAUCAGGCAUUUGGCGCAUUCCAUGGAUGGUUGUGUGAAUAUUUGUCCUAUUUGUAGUUACGUUGAGCUCAACUGAACAGAAAGGAUAAUGUGUUGUUCAAUUCGAUGUUCUAAUUUAAGUAGCCUUCAGCCCUGGCCUGUAUCCCGUUACAUUAAUACUAUGACUACAGUGAAACAGGCCCAAUCCCAAUCCUUAGCCUUCCUCCUCAUUUUCGAGUGUCCCUCGGUGGGGGAGUGGCACUCAAACUGAGCAACUAGUGGUAGGGAGAGCUAAAUUAGGCCUAGUUAAUGGAACAUCACUACAUCACUCGCGCACAUCACAAACUGCCAACGGAUACCACGCAAUUAAUUUACGACGAGCCUUGUUUUUCACAAUGCCUGUACUGGCGGCAGUAAUAGCUUUCCUUAUAUUUCUCAUCCAACAAAUACACCUCCUGCAAAAGUAUGUGGACACCCCUUCAAAUUAGUGGAUUUGACCAUUUCAGCCACACCCGUUGCUGACAGGUGUAUAAAAUCGAGCACACAGCCAUGCAAUCUCCAUAGCAAAACAUUGGCAGUAGAAUGGCCUUACUGAAGAGCUCAGUGACUUUCAACGUGGCAACGUCAUAGGAUGCCACCUUUCUAACAAGUCAGUUCGUCAAAUUUCUGCCCUGCUAGAGCUGCCCCGGUCAACUGUAAGUGCUGUUAUUGUGAAGUGGAAACAUCUAGGAGCAACAACGGCUCAGACGCGAAGUGGUAGGCCACACAAGCUCACAGAACGGCACCGCUGAGUGCUGAAGCGCGUAAAAAUCGUCUGUCCUCGGUUGCAACACUCACUACCGAGUUCCAAACUGCCUCUGGAAGCAACGUCAGCACAAGAACUGCUUGUCGGGAGCUGCAUGAAAUGGGUUUCCAUGGCCGAGCAGCCGCACACAAGCCUAAGAUCACAAUGUGCAAUGCCAAGCGUCGGAUGGAGUGGUGUAAAGCUCGCCGCCAUUGGACUCUGGAGCAGUCGAUACGCGUUCUAUGGAGUGAUGAAUCGCGCUUCCUCAUCUGGCAGUCCGAAGGACGAAUCUGGGUUUGGCGGAUGCCAGGAGAACGCUACCUACCCCAAUGCAUAGUGCCAACUGUAAAGUUUGAUGGAGGAGGAAUAAUGGUCUGGGGCUGUUUUUCAUGGUUCAGGCUCCCAACAUCUAGUGGAAAGCCUUCCAAGAAGAGUGGAGACUGUUAUAGCAGCAAACUGGGGGACCAACUCCAUAUUAAUGCCCAUAAUUCUGGAAUGAGAUGUUUGACUAGCACGUGUCCACAUACUUUUGGUCAUGUAGUGUCCGUACUUACCAACAAAUGAGAACAGCAGAACAACAAUGUAUCUGUAAUGUAGCCAUCCUCUGGCUGUGGUUCAAUGUGGGGUAGUAAUGUAACCAUCCUCUGGCUGUGGUUCAAUAUGGGGUAGUAAUGUAGCCAUCCUCUGGCUGUGGUUCAAUGUGGAGUAGUAAUGUAGCCAUCCUCUGGCUGUGGUUCAAUGUGGAGUAGUAAUGUAGCCAUCCUCUGGCUGUGGUUCAAUGUGGGGUAGUAAUGUAGCCAUCCUCUGGCUGUGGUUCAAUGUGGGGUAGUAAUGUAGCCAUCCUCUGGCUGUGGUUCAAUGUGGGGUAGUAAUGUAGCCAUCCUCUGGCUGUGGUUCAAUGUGGAGUAGUAAUGUAGCCAUGCUCUGGCUGUGGUUCAAUGUGGAGUAGUAAUGUAGCCAUCCUCUGGCUGUGGUUUAAUGUGGAGUAGUAAUGUAGCCAUCCUCUGGCUGUGGUUUAAUGUGGAGUAGUAAUGUAGCCAUCCUCUGGCUGUGGUUUAAUGUGGAGUAGUAAUGUAGCCAUCCUCUGCCUGUGGUUUAAUGUGGAGUAGUAAUGUAGCCAUCCUCUGGCUGUGGUUUAAUGUGGAGUAGUAAUGUAACCAUCCUCUGGCUGUGGUUUAAUGUGGAGUAGUAAUGUAGCCAUCCUCUGGCUGUGGUUCAAUGUGGGGUAGUAAUGUAGCCAUCCUCUGGCUGUGGUUUAAUGUGGAGUAGUAAUGUAGCCAUCCUCUGGCUGUGGUUCAAUGUGGAGUAGUACUGAAGCAGGACUUUCAUUCCAUAGCAGUUUGACAUGUAACAGUCACAUUUCCGUCACUCAGUCCUUACCAGUGGAAGCACUGUAGCUUGAACAAUUAAAACCACUGUUCUGAACUAAUAUUUAUACCAAACGUUUUCGGGUCCAUACACAUAGCUACACAUCCAUAGAAUGCAGGUAUCUUUAUCCUUCACUACAAAUAAGCAAGAAAAUAGUUAGCUACGGCUACGUUACCUGCAUUGGCAAAUAUCUUCAAUCUCUAAUGUUACUACAAUAAAGAAAUUAUAAGUGAUUGACUUUGAUUUUUUAAAAACUGAACAGCAAGGUAAGCUUACAAAUUUGUACAUUCAAUUUGCAGUAAAUGAUUAAGCUAGAUUCCCUAAAACAUUAAACAACACGAAUUACAAUUUCAUACAAAUGUCAAAACGCCCAUAUAGCAAGCUAAAUGUAUAGCUGGUUGGCUAAUGUUAGCUUGUCAACUAGCUUGUUAAAAUAGCAAUAUUCAUAAAUUAACUUUAUGACCCCAAAAUAUGCCUAAUUGUGUUUCUCUACACUAACUAACCUAUUCCUCUUAACUGUAAAUUUUUUGCAUGAUUCAUUAUGAAGUUUUAAUUACUUACAUUUGCUUCCAUCCUAGUGUUUUUGUCAGCCAUCUUCCUGAAGAAACUUUAGAGCCUUGCGUCGCAGAGCUUCAUGGGAGUUUUGAUAACCACUCGAUAGGAAGACUGCCUGUCUAUUUGAUUCGUUUGGAGGGCCAACUAGAAGGCUGAAAAGGCCCUACCCUUCACUCAGUUGAAUUGGAACACCACUCCGACUCAAUGCGGCUCGCAGAGGAUCGCCCAAAACUGAGGGGGAGGGAUAAGGGGGAGGGAUAAGUGGGAGGGCUAAGGGUGGGGGGGCGGGGGGUGGUAUUGGAAUUGAGCCAUAAUACUUCACCUUCGCUGGUGGUGUCACACUUAGGUGACCGAGCUUUGUUGAAACACUUGUCUGCUAUGCAGUCAGACAGCACUACAUAACCCCCCCCCCCCCCUUAACUUUCUAAAGAAAGAGAUGGAUGCUCCAGACCAGUGCUGAUGGUGUGGAAGCUUGAGUUUGGUUUACCUGUAUAUUAGGUGGUGUGUUUGAUUAGGCUUAGGUCUACUAGGUCUAUGUGUCCCACAGGACUCCAUGUCUGUGUCCCACAGGACUCCGGGUCCGUGUCCCACAGGACUCCGGGUCCGUGUCCCACAGGACUCC